AUGUCGCUCAUUCGUCAAUCUAUACAACGUAAUCUUAGAUCAAAUUUCACCAAAACCAUAACCAAACAAUCAUCAGUAUUCACUUCAAAACAAUGUUAUAGAUUCAAUUCCACAACUUCAGAAUCAGUAGUAGAUCCAAAAAUUUCAACAAUAGUUGAUCAAAUCUCCACAUUAACAUUAUUAGAAACAUCACAAUUAAUAACAGAAUUAAAAACAAAAUUGAAUAUAAGUGAUAUAGCAUUACCAGUAGGUGGAUCAUCAACUCCUCAACAACAACAACCACAAGAAGAAGAAAUUAAACAAGAACCAAUAGAAGAAAAAACCAUUUUUUCAAUAAAAUUAGAAAGUUUUGAUGCUAAAUCAAAACCAAAAAUUAUUAAAGAAGUUAAAUCUUUAUUAGGUUUAAGUUUAGUUGAAAGUAAAAAAUUUGUUGAAAGUGCUCCAAAAAUUUUAAAAGAAAAUGUUGCUAAAGAAGAUGCUGAUAAAAUUAAAGCUACUUUGGAAGGAUUAGGUGCUAAAGUUUCAUUAGAAUAG